AUGGUUCGAAAGGCUUCCAGAAGGGAGUAUCGAGGGUGGCAGCAACUAAUGGAAGCCUUCGUCACCAGAUUCAAAACCAACACUCGAACGCCGAAGGAGGUCGAUCAUCUUCUGGGCGUCAAGAUGGAGUCAGGGGGAUCAUUGAAGGCAUACAAUGUGAAGUACUGGGAAACUUACAACGAAAUCCUCGACUGCCCUACCAAUCUGGCGAUCACUCAAUACAAGCGGGGUCUCCUAGUCGGACAUAGGCUGCGGGAUUUUCUCAUAAUGCACCAACCCAUAACCAUGGAGUCCUUGAUGAAGCGGAUCAAUGAGCACAUUCGUGUGGAGGAUGAUGUCGCCUCCGCGACCGAGAAGGUUAAUCCGGUCGCAGCGGACAAAAGGGUAGCAGGGAAAGUUCACUCGGUCGGGCAGGAGGAUAACUGCCCAAGCGACCGGCUAAAAGAUCAACGACGUGGCCCAAACCGCGAUGACAGAAACAAGGGUCGCAGAAACGACCGAGCUGACGCUCCUCGUGAUGCAGCAGAGGAUGCUAAGAGAAAAUUGAAGGCACGGACUGGAAUCACCACGGUCUUUAAAAUCCCUAUCUACCGCAUCUUGAGUGAAAUCAGAGGCGAGCCUUUUGUUCGCUGGCCGGCCAAGUUGGGGAAUGCACAGAGAGGCUUCAACUCAAGGUAUCACUGCACCUUCCAUGAGGAACGAGGACACCGAACGGAGGACUGCUUGCCGCUUAAAUAA